AUGCUGCAUUUUUCCUGCGUUCGGCGUUCGACGAGGUGGAGGAAGGAUAUUAAGCAGGAGAAGCCGGGCUCCACGUCGGGGAUGGAGGAUAAAGCGGAAACACAGAAACCACUUAACAUGUUCUUUGAAAGUGUCAAGUCGGAGCUCAGGAACGGAUCCUCCGAAUAUUCCGAUAUUUCUGAUUCCGAGGGAUCCGAAGACAAUUGCACUAACCAGCAGAAACACUUCUCCAAGGAAUCGGAAAGCUCAGGUGAUGAUGAUGAUGAUGAUGAGGAGCAACAGGAACCCAUUCGUAACCUUAAAGAGGAACACAGUGGGAGAAGAUUGCCCUGUGAUCCUAAUUUCCAAUGGUCUGAUGACGAUUCUCCCCAGAAAAGUGAAUGUCCUACCUCGACCAGCAUGGAGCAAGAAGCUGUACAAGGAAUGCUCUCCAUGUCUGCAUUGCACUACCCCACCGCAAAGAGCACAGACUGCAAGACUAGGGGGGGUUACCCCCAACUGCACAUCAACGUCUCCCAGGGAAACAGUGAGGAGCAUCUGGAUUCCCACAGCCCGAAAGCAGCAAGUGGUCCCCACGUGAAAGACAAAGAACUGUCCCCUCUGGACUGGAUGCGGCAACCAGAUGCUUCCUGCAGAACAAGCCCUCAGGAUUCACAAAACCUUCCGAAAUCUUUGCGUAGAGAACUUGCGAGAUCGGCUGUUGGGGACUCCGCGGAUAAAUACGAGUUGAGCGCGAGUUCCGGCGAAUGUCACCUGAGCAACGGCAGCCUCAGUCCUACGAUGAUCUACGGGGACCCCUCGACGACCCUGCCCUUGCACCCCACAAAGAGACCCGCCUCCAACCCUCCUCCUAUCAGCAACCAGGCAACUAAAGGCAAACGGCCAAAGAAGGGCAUGGCGACGGCGAAGCAACGCCUCGGCAAAAUCUUGAAGCUCAACCGCAAUGGCCACGCCCGCUUCUUUGUCUAACACCCAGCCCCCGCAUAUUCCCGCGCAUAACAGUAUUGGGGCGACCCGAGGCCUGGAGCUUCUUCCCGUCGCCCGACUCCGCUGAACUGAAACACUCACCCCAUUAAGCAUCGCCGCAAGAACAAAGAUGUCCGCUCUUACACUGUGCCAUGCCCACUCAGCAAUAACCAGAGGACUCUGGAUUCAGGUUUCUGGUUUUCGGGAGAGGGGCGCCCCAUUGACUCCGAUGGCUCCAUCAGCAGGGGCAGGGGAGGACUAUGGUCUUCAAUAAUUUAUUAGUCAGAUUUUUUUUUUUAAAUAUUUAUAUAAACAUUUUUUGUUUGUUUUUGUUUUUUUAGAUUUUAAGCAAUGUGAAAGUUUUUAUUUUAUUUUGUUUGGAGGUUUUAAUAUCUUAUUUGCGUGGUGUGAGGCAAAACCACAGACGUGAAGAAAGAGGGGGGUACCAUUUAACUUUUUAAUUCAGGUUGUAGUCUUAAACAGGGAUUUAAUGUGUUUUUUUGUAAUUAUUUUUAAAUUAAUACAAAAUCCAUAUUUUUAUUUUUGCUAUC